ACCACGAUAAAAUGGAGACCGACGGCGCCGUCCUUCCAAUUGCUGCCUCCUGCUCCCCGGCGGUGCGUUCCUGCCGGAGCCACAGUGAGGCAGAGCGCAAGCGCCGACAACGCAUCAACGGCCACCUCGCUACCCUCCGCUCCCUCCUCCCUUCCGCCUCCAGGAUGGACAAGGCGACGCUGCUCGGGGAGGUGGUCAGGCACGUGAGAGAGCUGAGGGGCAUAGCCGAUGACGUGGCGACUUCAGCAGUUCCCAGCGAGGGCGACGAGGUCGGCGUCGAUGAUGACGUUGCGGAGGGAGGUGGCGGGAGGGUGCGGGCAUGGGUGUGCUGCGCCGACCGACCCGGGUUAAUGGCGGAGCUGAGCCAGGCUGUCGGGUCGGCCCGUGCGAAGGCGGUCCGUGCAGAGAUGACUACGGUUGGGGGCCGGACGAGGAGCGUGCUGGAGCUGGAGUUGCUGGGAGGGCCGACACCGAUCGGAGGGGAGGCGAGGUCCGCCAUCCAGGCCGCACUUCGAGAGGUUCUCUUGGCCGACAGGACCGGCUCGACUGAUCGGUUCAAGCGACAGCGCCUCUCGACCCGGUUCGGCACUUCCGCGCUUUAAGCUUUCUGUUUUUGGUGCGGUUCUGUGUAAGCUCUCUUCGUUAUGUAAGCAGUUGCUUAGUUCUGCACAGUUUUGAAGUAUUUAUAUUAAUGCUAUA